AGGCCACACUGAAGCCUCAAUACAUACGAAACCGCAAGUUGACGGCUGACGCGACAUUUCAAAGGCUCAUGGGAAAUGUAGUCUCCAAGCACUACUCUGACGCGUCGACUUUUUAUUGAAACCACUUGAAAGUUAAAUCAUAUCCACCGUGACAGACAACAUACAUAUUUAUUCGACUUCAGUUUCAUCAAAUCCUUGGUUGUUGUUUCCUUACUCUUCUCUCCCCACACGCAACGCAAAAAACUACAAUUCCCGGCAGACACUGCGUCACCCGGAAGCGGAGCAGCGAUGUCAACAGAAAAACACAGGGCGCCGUGGACAUGAAAGUUCCAAGUGUGUUUUUGCUCCCGAAGCUUCGCUUUUGUGUGUAAAUGCACCGGCUCGAGAAUGAGAGGCGUUCACCGCGAAGUUGUGUUGCUUUGCUUUUUGUUGUUAUUCGUGAAUAAGUGCUUGCCAACGCGCGCCGAGAGCGAGAACCAGUUGGAUCUGCGCGCGAGUGACGAUGCCGGCGGAGGGGAGGUGGAACACCGGCAAACUGUCACGACACACGAAGGAGAAGAAGAUGGACUCGGUUCGGUCGAGCAGAAGAAGGAGGGGCAGCCUGUCGGCAAGGUGUCCAACCACACCGACAACGUGACCAACGAGACCCUCCACGCCACGACGCCCGCCGUCAAGCCCACGACCCCGGCCCCCCCCACUGCCAAGCCCAUCCUGCCUGUGCAGACGGGGGUCAAGGCCCAGGAAGAAGAGCAGUCCAGCGGUCUGACCAUAUUCUUCAGCCUGCUGGUUAUUGGUAUCGGCAUCAUAUUGGUGCACCUGCUCAUCAAGUUCAAGCUGCAUUUCCUUCCGGAGAGCGUGGCCGUCGUGUCUCUGGGGAUUCUGAUGGGAGGCUUCAUUAAGAUGAUCGAGUUCCUGGAGCUGGCCAACUGGAAGGAGGAGGAGAUGUUCAGACCCAACAUGUUCUUCCUCUUGCUGCUGCCGCCCAUCAUCUUUGAGUCGGGAUACUCCUUACACAAGGGUAACUUCUUCCAGAACAUCGGCUCCAUCACCCUCUUCGCCGUGAUCGGCACGGCCAUCUCCGCCUUCAUCGUGGGUGGAGGGAUCUACUUCCUGGGCCAGGCGGAUGUGAUCUACAAGUUGUCCAUGACUGACAGCUUCGCCUUCGGCUCCCUGAUCUCGGCCGUGGACCCCGUGGCCACCAUCGCCAUCUUCAACGCCCUCAACGUGGACCCGGUGCUCAACAUGCUGGUGUUCGGCGAGAGCAUCCUCAACGACGCCGUCUCCAUCGUGCUCACCAACACGGCCGAGGGGUUCUUCUCCCGCUCCGACAGCGCCGCGGUGACGGGCUGGCAGACCUUCCUGCAGGCGCUCAGCUACUUCCUUCAGAUGUUCUUCGGUUCCGCCGCUUUGGGAACCCUCACUGGACUCAUCUCCGCCCUCUUCCUGAAGCACUUUGACCUGAGGAACACUCCGUCUCUGGAGUUUGGGAUGAUGAUCAUCUUCGCCUAUCUCCCCUACGGCCUGGCAGAGGGCAUCAAGCUGUCUGGCAUCAUGGCCAUCCUGUUUGCCGGCAUCGUGAUGUCUCACUACACGCAUCACAACUUGUCUCCGGUGACUCAGAUCCUGAUGCAGCAGACGCUGCGCACCAUGGCCUUCAUGUGCGAGACCUGUGUGUUCGCCUUCCUCGGCCUCUCCAUCUUCAGCUUCCCCCACAAGUUUGAGUUGUCCUUCGUCGUCUGGUGCAUCAUCCUGGUUCUUCUCGGCCGGGCGGUGAACAUCUUCCCUCUGACGUUCCUGCUCAACUUCUUCAGGGACCACAAGAUAACGCCCAAAAUGACCUUCAUCAUGUGGUUCAGUGGCCUGCGGGGCGCCAUCCCCUACGCGCUGAGCCUCCACCUCAACCUGGAGCCCAUCGAGAAGCGGCAGCUCAUCGGCACCACCACCAUCAUCAUCGUGCUCUUCACCAUCCUCCUCAUGGGGGGCGGGACCAUGCCGCUCGUCCGCCUGAUGGACAUCGAGGAGAGCCAAUCACGGCGCAAGAGCAAGAAGGACAUCAACCUGAGCAAGACGCAGAAGAUGGGUAACACCGUCGAGGCGGAGCACCUGUCGGAGCUGACGGAGGAGGAGUACGAGGCUCACAUCUACCAGAGACGAGACCUGAAGGGCUUCAUGUGGCUCGACGCCAAGUACCUGAACCCCUUCCUCACCCGCCGGCUCACGCAGGAGGACUUGUUGCACGGCCGCAUCCAGAUGAAGACCCUGACCAACAAGUGGUACGAGGAGGUUCGCCAGGGACCGUCGGGCUCGGAGAACGACGACGACGAAGCCGAGCUGCUGUGACCCAAUAAGAAGUGUCUGUGUGAGUCUGUGUGUAGGUAGGUGUGUGUGUGUAUGUGUGUGAGUGUGUCUGUGUGUCGGUAGGUGUGUGUGUGUGUGUGGAUGUGUGUCUGUGUGUAGGUAGGUGUGAGUGUGCGUGUGUGUGAGUGUGUGUGUGUAGGUAGGUGUGAGUGUGUAUGUGUGUGUGUAUGUGUGUGUCUGUGUGUAGGUAGGUGUGAGUGUGUAUGUGUGUGUGUGUGUGUGUGUGUCUGUGUGUGUGUGUGUCUGUGUGUGUGUCUGUGUGUAGGUAGGUGUGAGUGUGUAUGUGUGUGUGUCUGUGUGUAGGUAGGUGUGAGUGUGUAUGUGUGUGUGUAUGUGUGUGUGUGUCUGUAUGUGUGUGUGCGUGUGUCUGUGUGUAGGUAGGUGUGUGUCUGUGUGUCUGUGUGUGUCUGUGUGUGUGUGUGUCUGUAUGUGUGUGUGUCUGUGUGUGUCUGUAUGUGUGAGUGUGUAUGUGUGUGUGUGUGUCUGUGUGUAGGUAGGUGUGAGUGUGUGUGUGUGUGUGUCUGUAUGUGUGUGUCUGUGUGUAGGUAGGUGUGAGUUUGUGUGUGUCUGUAUGUGUGUGUGUCUGUGUGUAGGUAGGUGUGUGUGUGUGUCUGUAUGUGUGUGAGUGUGUGUCUGUGUGUAUGUGUGUCUGUGUGUAGGUAGGUGUGAGUUUGUGUGUGUCUGUAUGUGUGUCUGUGUGUAGGUAGGUGUGAGUGUGUGUGUGUUUGUGUAUGUGUGUGUGUCUGUGUAGGUAGGUGUGAGUUUGUGUGUGUCUGUAUGUGUGUGUGUCUGUGUGUAGGUAGGUGUGAGUGUGUGUGUGUUUGUGUGUGUAUGUGUGUCUGUGUAGGUAGGUGUGAGUUU